AUGCGAAUCAAUUGGAUACAACUUCAAAAAAUAACAUCGAAAAUGGAACCGAUUUUAUUGAAUAUUGCAGAGAAUAAGGAUUUUCAGUGGGUUUUUCGCAAAUAUUUUUUUUUCAGAAAAUUUAUUCAAUUUAGAGCGCUCUUUACACCACAACUGCAAAAACUUCGGGGAUUUUUCGAAUCUCGAGGAUUUGAAAUUCGAAUAGCUGGUGGAGCUGUAAGAGAUUUGUUGAUGAAUAUAAAACCGGCUGAUGUAGAUUUUGCUAGUACUGCCACGCCAACUCAAAUGAAGGUAUUUCUGAAAACUCUGAAUUUUAUAUUGAAAAUUGUUUUCAGGAAAUUUUCGAGGCCGAACAAAUUCGAAUGCUUCACAAACGAGGAGAAGAACAUGGAACAAUUACUUGCCGAAUUGAUGAUUGCGAAAAUUUCGAAGUGACAACACUCCGCGUUGACGUAGUUUGUGAUGGACGUCGUGCAAAAGUUGAAUUCACUGAAGAUUGGCAAUUGGAUGCGAAUCGACGAGAUUUGACAAUCAAUUCAUUGUUUUUAUCGCUGGAUGGAACUGUUGUUGAUUAUUUUGGUGGAAUUGGAGAUAUCAAAUCGAGAAGAGUUUGUUUUGUUGGUGAUGCGAGACAAAGAAUACAAGAAGAUUAUUUGAGAAUUUUGAGAUAUUUUCGAUUUUUUGGAAGAAUUUCGAAUACUUCUGAACAUGAAGAUGAUACAAUUUUGGCGAUUAUUGAAAAUAAAGAUGGGAUAAAAGGAAUUAGUGGAGAAAGAAUAUGGACGGAAUUGAAAAAGAUUGUGAUUGGAAGAAUGGCAUCAGAAGUUAUUUAUACUAUGAUAAAGGAGUGUAAAUUGAAUGUUUUAUUAGGUUUGCCAGAAGAAUGCAAUAUUGAACGAUUUAAAAUGGUUUGUUUUGUUUUUCUUUUUUGAAUCUUCAAAUUUUAUUUAUAAAAAUCUUUAGGUAUUCAAAAGAUUUGAAGGAAGUCUCGAUCCAAUGACAAUGAUUGCUUGUCUUUGCGAAGAAGUUGAAGAUAUUUCAAACUUUCAUAAAGUCACAAAAUUAUCCAACGAUGAACGAAAUACUGGUGAAUUUAUUCUAGAACACCGCAGAGAAGCUCAAGAAAAUUUGGAAAAUAUUGAUUUUUGGCAAGAUAAAAUUGUUGAUCUUGAACAAAGACCUGGACAUGAUCCAAGUUUGGAGAAACUUCGAAGAAGAGUUGUUCAAUUAGCAAAAAGUGUUGGAGCAAAUCGGGAGAUUUUGGAGAUUAUUGAGAAGUUUGAAUCACCGAAAUUCCCGAUUGAUGGAAAAGUUUUGAUGAGUUCUGGAAAUUUGAAAAAAGGUCCACAUGUUCGAAAUGUUUUGAUGUAUUUGUUCGAUUUAUGGAGACAGGUUAGUCAGUUUUGUUUUUCAUUCAUUCACAACAUUUUUUGGAAAUGUUUAAAAACUGGGAAGUUAUUUUUAAAAAUCUGAAGCUCCAAUGCACUUUGAAAAAUGCUUCACAUAUAUUUUCCACAUUUUUUUAUUUCGAUUUUUUUUAGUUUUCAAAAUUAUUAUUAUUGGUUUUAUUUUUAUUUUUUUAUAUUUUCAGAGCAAAUUCUCAAUGAGCCAAGAAGAAUUGCUCGAACAUACAAACGAUGGAAAUAUUCCAAUUCUCUCUAAAAAAUCAACUUCACCCAAACGUGUAUGA